UUUUGACAAAGUCGUGUCUUAUUCUUCAGCGAUGUCUUCCAAGAUGUCUGCAGAGAAAGAAGGAGAUAGUUUGUGCUUCUUCAUCAACGGGAAAAAGGUAACCGAGAACAAUGCGGACCCUGAAACCAUGCUGUUGUCCUUCCUCAGAGAGAAGCUGAGGUUAACUGGAACCAAGUACGGCUGCGGCGGCGGAGGCUGCGGGGCGUGCACGGUCAUGGUGUCACGCCACCAACCGGCCACCAAAACCAUCACACAUUACGCGGCCAACGCCUGCCUACUGCCGCUCUGCCAGCUUCACGGAGCCGCCGUCACCACGGUGGAGGGCAUCGGCAGCACCAAGACCAGGGUCCACCCUGUGCAGGAGCGAAUAGCGAAGGCUCAUGGCUCCCAGUGCGGCUUCUGCACUCCAGGGAUGGUGAUGUCCAUGUACGCUCUGCUGAGGAACAAGCCUCAGCCCACCAUGGAGGACAUCACUCAGGCUCUAGCUGGUAACCUGUGCAGGUGCACUGGAUAUCGACCCAUCGUCGACGGCUGCAGGACCUUCUGUCAGGAAGCCAACUGCUGCCAAGCCAAUGGAGGCGGAGACUGUUGCCUCAAUGGAGGGCAGAAUACUGAUGAAGCAGAGCAUGAAAAGCCUCAGUUAUUUGACAGAGAAGAGUUUCUUCCUCUGGACCCGACACAGGAGCUCAUCUUCCCCCCCGAGCUGAUACUGAUGGCAGAGGCGGCGAACCCAAAGACACUCACCUUUCGUGGGGAGAGGAUGAGCUGGGUGUCCCCCCCCUCCCUGGAGGAGCUGGUCCAGCUGAAGACCAGCAACCCCAAAGCUCCGCUGGUCAUGGGGAACACCAACAUAGGUCCAGAUAUAAAGUUCAAAGGCAUCCUGCAUCCGCUGAUAAUAUCUCCAACCAGAGUCACGGAGCUGUUUGAGGUCGCUCAGACACCGCAGGGUGUUUGGGUGGGGGCGGGCUGCAGUCUCACGGAGGUCCGGUCCCUUUUGGAGAAGCUGGUUCCUCAGUUUCCGGAGGAGGAGACCGAACUGUUCCGAGCGCUGAGCCGACAGCUGGGCAACUUGGGAAGCCAGCAGAUCCGUAACGUCGCUUCUCUCGGGGGCAACAUCAUGAGUGCGUACCCAAACUCAGACCUGAACCCUGUUUUGGCUGCAGGCAACUGCAAAGUGAGCGUCAUUUGUGACGGAGGAAGACGAGAGCUUCCUCUCAAUCAAGACUUCUUUGUGAGCUUUGGGAAAACCAUCCUGAAGCCAGAAGAGAUCGUUGUUUCCGUCUUCAUUCCCUUCUCCAGAAAGGGGGAGUUUGUUGGAGCUUUCCGCCAGGCUCCGAGGAAGGAGAGCUCCUUCCCCACAGUGACCACCGGGAUGAGAGUGUUUUUCUCAGAGGGGUCCCGGGUGGUUCAGGAUGUCAGUAUUUACUAUGGAGGAAUGGGACCGACCACCGUUAGCGCCACCAAAACCUGCGCAGCUAUCGUCACAAGGCUGUGGGAUGAUGAGACCCUCAGUCGGGCCUAUGACGUCCUCCUGGACGAGUUGGUCCUCCCUCCGUCGGCUCCUGGAGGACAAGUGGAGUUCCGUUGCUCUUUGACUCUCAGCCUCCUCUUCAAAUUUAACCUGGAGGUCCUGCAGAAACUUAGAGACAUGAAUGUGAUUACAGAUGAGCUUCCUGAGAAGAUGCAGAUGCGUCCUUUACCCAGAGAGAUCCAACCCAGCCGGCAGGAGUUCCAGCAUGUGUCAAAGGACCAGAGCGACCAGGACCCAGUGGGGCGUCCCAUCAUGCAUCGCUCUGCCCUCGGCCAUGCCACAGGCGAGGCCGUGUACUGCGACGACAUCCCCACGACAGACGGAGAGCUCUUCCUGGCUCUGGUCACCAGCUCUCGAGCGCACGCUAAAAUAACAGGGCUGGACGUCAGCGAGGCUCUGCGGCUUCCCGGUGUUGUCGACGUCGUCACGGCAAAAGAUAUUCCGGGGCAGAAAGUUCGUGAAAUAUCUGGUUACGAAGAGGAGCUGCUGGCUGAGACCGAGGUGUCCUGCGUCGGUCAGAUGUUAUGCGCGGUGGUCGCCGAUACGAGGGCCCACGCCAGACGAGGAGCGGCAGCUGUGAAGGUCGGCUACGAGGACCUGCCUGACCCGGUUUUUACCUCAGAGGAAGCCAUUGAGAAGUCGUCUUUCUUUGAGCCUCGGAGGACGAUCGAGAGAGGAAAUGUGACGGAAGCCUUUGAAACGGUUGAUCAGGUUCACGAAGGUGAAAGUCUGUUUUCUGUUCGUAGAAGAACAUGUGGGUUUUAUUCACACAAUGUGAGAGCAGGUGGUCAAAUAUCUAUUCUAUUUGUUGACUUUAGUUACUCAUCCCACAGACAACAGAACCAGCUUUUGGUUUUGUCCUUUCGUCCAACGUGUUUUCAUCUUUUUGUUUUUUAUGUUUCCGCAGGAGAGCUUCGAAUCGGUGGCCAGGAGCAUUUCUACAUGGAGACCCAGAGCAUGCUGGUUGUUCCUGUAGGUGAGGAGACGGAGUUCAACGCGUACGUCUCCACUCAGUGGCCGACACUGACUCAGGAUGCAAUAGCGGAGACGCUGAGCAUCCCGUCCAACAGAGUCACCUGUCACGUCAAAAGGGUGGGCGGCGCUUUCGGCGGGAAGAUCACUAAAACGUUGAUACUGGCGUGUAUUACCUCUGUGGCUGCGUGGAAGACCAAUCGUGCAGUCCGCUGCGUCCUGGAGCGAGGAGAGGACAUGUUGAUCACAGGAGCCCGUCACCCUGUCCUGGGAAAAUACAAAGUUGGUUUCAUGAACGACGGGCGCAUCGUGGCUGCAGAUCUCCAGUACUACGCCAAUGCUGGCAACACGGUGGAUGACUCUCUCCUGGUAGCAGAAAAAAUCCUUCUUCACAUUGACAACGCCUACAACAUCCCCAACCUGAGGGGCCACGCUGCCGCCUGCAGGACCAACCUGCCCUCCAACACCGCCUUCAGGGGCUUCGGCGUGCCGCAGAGCCUCAUGGUCGUGGAGAACGUGGUCAACGACGUGGCCGUGCUGCUGCGGCGCCCUGCAGACCAGAUUCGGGAGAUCAACAUGUACAAGGGGCCGUCGGUCACCCACUACAAGUUUCAGUUCAGCCCGGAGAGCAUGCUGCGCUGCUGGGAGGAAUGCAAGGUCAAGUCCGACUACGGCGCACGCCGCGCAGCCGUGGACCAGUUCAACCAGCAGAACCGCUGGAAGAAGAGGGGGAUGUCCAUCAUCCCCAUUAAAAUUGGGAUUGCGUUUUCGGACAGCUACUUGAAUCAGGCCGCUGCUCUGGUCCACCUCUACAAAGACGGCUCUGUUCUGGUCACUCACGGCGGGACGGAGCUGGGUCAGGGACUCCACACUAAAAUGCAACAGGUGGCGAGUCGGGAGCUUCGUAUCCCUCCCUCUAAGAUCUACAUCAGUGAAACCAGCACCAGCACGGUUCCCAACACCUGCCCCUCUGCUGCCUCCUACGGAACCGACGCCAACGGCAUGGCCGUCAAGGAUGCCUGCCAGACUCUGUACCAGCGACUGGAGCCAAUCAGGCAGAAGCACCCCAAAGGAUCAUGGGAGAGUUGGGCCCAGGCCGCAUUUUUUGAGAAAAUCAGUUUAUCAGCAACUGGAUUCUACAGAGGUCCAGACCUGUACAUGGACUGGGACAAGAAGGAGGGGCAGCCUUUCGCUUACUUCACGUUCGGAGUGUGUUGCUGCGAGGUGGAGCUGGACUGCCUCACAGGAGACUACAGGACGGUGAGGACGGACAUCGUGAUGGACAUCGGCAGAAGUGUGAACCCCUCAGUGGACAUCGGACAGAUUGAAGGCGCGUUCAUGCAGGGUUUGGGCCUCUACACCAUGGAGGAGUUGAAGUUUUCCCCUUCCGGGCUCCUGUACACUCGCGGCCCGUCUCAGUACAAGAUCCCCGCGGUCUGCGACGUGCCGCUUCGCUUCAACGUCUAUCUGCUGCCGGACUCCCACAACCCCCACGCCAUCUACUCCUCAAAGGGUAUUGGAGAACCGGCCCUCUUCCUGGGCAGUUCGGUGUUCUUCGCCAUCAAAGACGCCGUGGCUGCAGCUCGCUCCGAGUCCGGUUUAGUCGGCCCGUUUUCCCUCGACAGCCCUGCGACACCGGAGAGGGCGUGUCUGGCUUGUGCCUCCCCGUUCACUCAGAAGAUUCCAGCCAGCAAACCAGGAUCGUUCAAACCGUGGGCCUUAAACAUCUAAGACUGAAUCUCUGCUUCUUUCUUUCUAUUUGAUCAAUCGAAAGCUCGACUGUGAACUGAAUGUAACUGUUAAUGAUGUACUAAUACGCUUUAAAAACACAUUUUUAUUGACAUUUGAAACAACCAAAUUAUACUUGUGGCUGUACAGUGACACUUGAGUUCUUUGUGGUUCUGUAAUGCUACUGAAUGAAUAUACUGAGUAUAUUUAAUGUUUUCAAUAACUUCUCAAUUAUUUAUUAGUGUAUUUUUUAAAUAUUGAUGCUGCAGGAUGUGAUAACAUU